ACAGACGUCUUAUAAUCAAUUGUUGUGCAUCUUGUGCUUUUUUCAAUGGUGCAACUAUGAAAACAAAACGCUGAAACGCCGCCGUUGCUGUCGUUUGUCUUGUGCUCUUUAUUUGUUUACCCUUUGUCUUGUGUUCUUGUGUCUAUUUGUGUUUGUGUGUUCCUAUUGUCCGUUCUCCAUUCAACCUGUAUAUCAAUCUAUCUGACGUCACAAACACGCACAUACACGCCCCGGCAAGGAAACGUUGACCUGACAUAGCCACAAUUUCGAACGCAGUCCCAGCGGAAUGUGGAAGUGCCACAAGUGCGGCAAACCCGUUUACUUUGCGGAGCGUAAACAAUCUCUGGGCUACGAUUGGCAUCCGGAAUGUUUGCGCUGUGAAGAGUGCGGCAAACGUCUCAAUCCCGGCCAGCAUGCAGAGCAUAAAGGAGUGCCUUAUUGUCAUGUGCCCUGCUAUGGCGCGCUUUUCGGACCACAGCUUUUUGGUCAUGGAACGCGCGUUGAGUCACACAAAAGCUAUGGCGCUAAAGGCACCCAAAGACCAGCCGUUGUUCCAGCUAAUGUACCGACCCUGCCACGCGAUCAUUUCGAAUCGAAGCUAAAGGUUUACAAUCAAUAUUAUGACAAUAAAAGUCUGGAAAUACGCAGUCGCGAGGUCAAUAACCGCUUGAUAUUGGAGGGUCCGCUGCGUGUGUUCUGGGGCGUGCAAGGAGUUAUACAUCUGAAAGAGGACGACGAUCAACGCACGUUUGUGGUGCGCAAACGCAACUCUUGUCGCGCCUCCAAAGCGGAUGAUAGCUGCUCUGACAAGGAGAAUGAGGCCAGCGAAUCGGUUGCACCACCUACAACCACUGCGAGUGAGGUUGAUCCGCUAUCCACGGAUAUUUCGCUAUCGGAAAGCAUGACCUUUGAUUCGUGUAGCCUGAAUGAAGUAUCCGAGCUGCCCACUACGCCAGAAGAUGCGUCAGCGAAUACCACACCCGGCAGUGGUGCGGUGCCCAAUGGCAAUUCGAAUGGGGCACAUCAUGAUGAGGACACAACCACCACGGACUCCUCAGGCACGCUUAUUGGCAGCAGUGCUGAGGCAGCGACUGCUAGCACUAGCUGCGUAUCCAGCACGCUGCCUUCGAAGCUAAACAAUCUUGAAAAACUAGAAUGGGAUGACAUUGAUGAUCUGCUGCAAGUGGAACGACGCCACAGCGAAAAAGAUAAGAACUAUGAAACUAUGCCCGUUAAGCUGCCUUCUUCUUCCUCCCAAUCAUCCAGUGAGAGCUCACCCAGCAAAACAACUAGCACUGACAGCAGCUCCAGCAUUACGCAAAACAAUCUCAUCAAUUCAGCAUCUUCGCCCACAACCACAAGCAGUGGCUCGGACAACUUUAUGACAGCUACGGCCUCGCUAACAACCAAUACCAAUACACAAAAUACCAGCACUGUUAGCACCACCAAUACCACACUGAAUGACUACAAGAGCUUGGACGAUGCAACACUCAAGCCCAUGGAUUAUGAGGACUUUAAGCGCAGCGUGCAUCAAGAUUAUGUAAAUGGCGCUAAUUCAUUUCAGGAACCAAACGAUGGCACAUUAAAGCGAAAUCAGCCCAUUGAUCCCUCGCGCAUACACGACUCGCUGAAGCUCUAUGGCGAAAACUCGGUCAUGAGCAAAAGCUUUAACUGCGAGCAUGCGCUGCGUUCCAUUGAUCCCACGCUAAUAAACGAUACAAUGCAUUUACGCAGCUCCGACUCGCCGCGCUCUUCGCAGCGACAGUAUGCGCUGCAGAAGAGUGGAUCUGCCUUUGCUUCGACAGCGCCCAGCAAGGAGCAACGAAAGCCACAUCAGCCGGGUCGCCAGCUGUUUGAGAAGGGCAUCAAUCGCUCCAAGUCUGGCCCCAGCUGUUUUGUCUACUCGGACUCGGAUGAUGAUGACAACGAUGCGACGCUGCGUCCGCAACGCUUGGCAACCGUUAGACGCAGCGAUGUGCCUCAACGUUAUAUACAAAUCCAAAUGAAUUGCUAUCCCAAAGAAGCAGCAGCUGCAGCCAAUGAGCAUGAGAACUCCAGCCGUGCUGAUGCCUCAUCGGUAUUGAGUGGUGCUGUAGCUGGUGAUGAGCUUACACAGACGGAGGAGCUCUAUACAGCUACUGAGGGCAAGAGUGCUGCAAGAUCAAAUGCCGACGAGGCAGGUUUGCAUGUUAAUGAGGAUGGUGUUGUCUUGCGCAGACCGCCACGCACUGGUGCUGCAGCAAUUAAGCGGCGCAGCGGCAAUCGGCGCUCACGCACCAAAUUGAAGCGUCGCUGCUCUAUCAAUGGUCACUAUUAUAACCGUGAAACUUCGUUCUUUACACCGCCCUAUGGCUCGCAGAUGUCUGUCUGGGUAACAUCGCUGGUGACCACACAAGAGGUCAUUAAUUUGGUGCUCGAAAAGUAUAAGGUGGAAAGCGCUCCAGAGAAUUUCUCGUUGUUUAUUGUACGCGACAAUGGCGAGCAGAAACGUCUAAAGGAUAAUGAAUUUCCCUUGGUAACGCGCAUCACUCUAGGACCUCAUGAGGAUGUGGCACGUCUGUUUAUGGUCGACUCGCGCAAAACUGAUGAAAUCAGUAACGAGGUUGCUCAAUUUUUGAAUUUAUCGCUGCCUGAGUGUCGUGCUAUACUGGAUCGCUACGAUCAGGAAAUGGCACGCGAAGUGCUUAAGGUUAAGGAAAGAUAUGCGGAACUGCGUCGUCGCAUUGUGGGACGCAUGGAAUCUCUGAAAGUGCAUCUGUAAAUGCAAAUGCGAAUCUCCAACAUUUUUUUAUUUUCAAUUUAAACGCCAUAACAAUGAAGCGGCCAAAAAGC